AUGCGCAGUCGCGCACGGAACCCAGGCGCGCCGGAACCCUGUGAGCAGAUCCAGGCCCUGGCGGAGGCGGUCCGACUGCGAACUCUUCCGACACCAGGGACAUGAGGCUGUGGCCGCAGGCAUGGGGUGCCGUCCAGGGCGCUUGGCGCGAGUGCUUCCCUCUGCAAGGUCACGAUGUAGCACGCUGGUUCCCCGGCCACAUGGCCAAGGGACUAAAGAAGAUGCAGAGCAGUCUGAAGUCGGUGGAUUGUGUUAUCGAGGUUCAUGACGCCCGGAUCCCAUUUUCAGGUCGAAACCCUCUGUUCCAAGAGCUGCUUGGUCUGAAGCCGCAUCUGCUUGUGCUCAACAAAAUGGACUUGGCAGAUCUUACAGAGCAGCAGAAAAUUGUCCAGCGCUUAGAAGAAAAAGGCCUGAACAACGUUCUUUUCACGAACUGUGUGAAAGAUGAAAACGUCAAGCAGAUUGUCCCAAAAGUCAUGGAACUGAUCAGGUGCAGCUACCGCUACCAUCGAGCCGAGAACCCAGAAUACUGCAUCAUGGUGGUCGGCGUCCCCAAUGUAGGCAAAUCCUCCCUCAUCAACUCCCUGAGGCGGCAGCACCUCAGGACAGGAAAAGCUGCCAGAGUGGGAGGUGAGCCAGGAAUCACAAGAGCUGUGACAUCCAGAAUCCAGGUAUGUGAGCGUCCACUGAUGUUCUUGCUGGAUACUCCUGGGGUGCUGGCUCCUCGGAUUGAAAGUGUGGAGACAGGCCUGAAGCUGGCCCUGUGUGGAACUGUGUUGGACCACCUUGUUGGGGAAGAGACCAUGGCCGAUUAUCUCCUUUACACCCUCAACAGGCAUGGGCUCUUUGGGUAUGUGCAGCACUACGCCCUGGCCAACGCCUGUGACCAAAUAGAGUGGGUGCUGAAGAAUGUGGCUAUCAAGCUGAGGAAGACGCGGAAAGUGAAGGUUCUCACAGGCACAGGUAAUGUCAAUGUUAUCCAGCCUGAUUAUGCCAUGGCAGCCCGAGACUUCCUCCGGACCUUCCGCAGUGGGCUGUUGGGCCAGGUGAUGCUGGACCGUGACAUUAUACCUGCUUGCUGAUGACACUAACCCCUGGACUGGCUGGCUGGAGUAUGGUCUCCUGCAUAGUCCAUGUGACUGCAGCUGGAGUGUGGAAUGCUUAGGACUGUUCCUCCAGUUCAGAAGCUGUCUGUGCUGGUACCUGAGACUCAGGCCCCAGCUCCAAAGGGCGCUAUGUUCUCUUGUCUAUCAGAGCCUGGUCAGUCCUGGUUACUACCAUGAGACCCCAGGAGUGCUGUGUAUGUGGCUUGGUCAGGAGGUUUUCUCCAUCUCAAGUAAGAGAUGAAUGCUAUCUCAGAGGAGUCUAAGUUAUAAUCUGUAAUUUAAAAUAAAAUGGGUUAAAAGGCCCACUUUAAAAAAAAAUCUCUCUCUGGCUUCUCUUAUUUUACUUUAUUUAUUUUUGGUCAUUUUCAGACAAAGUUUCAUCAUGUGGCUUGCGUUGGUCAUAAACACAUUCCUUCUGCCUGAGCCUCUUGAGUGCUGGAAUUAUACAGGUGUGUGCCAUGACAACCGAUUAAAAGACUUAUUUUCUG